CCUGAAAUUCUGAAAGAGAAACACGAAACACGAUCCACCAACUCACCUGCAACCUGCAAGACGGCCACUGCAUUUCGUAAAGUUUUGAUAAAAACCUAUUUUCUGUAAACAUUUUAAACAUAAAUUGUCACUUAAAUUGCAUUACUGUAUUAUCAAUUUUUGAGUUAACGCUUUAGAUCUUCUUUAUUCAUUGAUAACUGAAUAGUAGACACUAUCUCAAAAUGUCUGCUGCUGCUUGGGAAACGACGAUACUCAAGAAGAAACCUCAAAAAGCUUCGGCAAUGAAAACGGAGCAGGCAGUGAAUAAAGCAAGAAGAGAAGGUGCUCCCAUUGAAACUCAGCAAAAAUGGGGAGGAGGUCAGAACAAACAGCAUGUCACGACAAAAAAUACCGCCAAACUAGAUAGAGAAACAGAAGAACUGAAACACGACAAAAUCUCACCCGACGUUGGAAAACUAAUUAUGCAAGGAAGACAAGGCAAAGGAUGGACACAAAAGGAUCUUGCCACGAAAGUGAAUGAAAAGCAACAAGUUAUCAACGAUUAUGAAGCAUGCCGAGCGAUUCCAAACCAGAUAGUUCUCGGAAAAAUCGAGAGGGCGCUUGGUAUUAAGCUAAGAGGAAAGGACAUGGGGAAACCACUGCUCCCCCCUGGGGCAAAGAAGUGAAUGUCCCCAGGGGAAUACGCGCUGUAGAAGGGCAGGCCCUCCAAUCGCAGUUGGCCCCCUGGCUGGGGCCAACGAGUCACCAACACAUCACGGAAAAGUUAACUCAUCGAACGCAACUUUGCAUUUCCAUCUAAAGACUAAAGAUUCAAUUUCGUAAGUUACUCAAUGCAAUCCUUAUCCAACGAUAAGUAGGCUUGUUAGCUCAUUUACUUUACAUUUAUCGAUCUGCAAUUUUGUAAUCUCCAUCUGAAGACUAAAGAUUCCGUUUAAUAAAUUACUCAAUAUCUGAAAACUAAAGAUUCUGUUUCGUAAGUUAAUUCUAUCCUCAUUCAACCAUAAGUAGGCUUGUAUCUUCAUUUACAUUAUCGAUCUGCAACUGAAAUAAAAAUGCAACUAACUACUUACUUACUUAUUCAAGUAGUUAGUGGCAUGCAAAAAUGCAACUUACAGUACUCUAAACAAACAAUUCUAGACUUGGGUAAAAUAUCCGCGUUGUCAAAUUGUACGAAAUUACGAACUCUUCAUACAAGUCAUAUGACUGAAUAUCUAUAUCCAUCUUCUAUACUAGUAAUGAAAUAAAGGAUUGAAACUAUCAUGUAGGGGAUAGGAAAUACAUGUUUGAGGUGCAAUAAAAGAUAUGUUGUCAGCUCUACAUAAUUCAUACAAAGAUGCGUACAGAUUUACGCGCCGCGAACCACUACCUCCGUAAACAGAGGUAGUGCGCGAACACGAGCAAUUCAGUUUUAAUCAGCUGAUGCCAAGCUUUUUAUAUCUGUAUCUUACCGUUUCUGUACAAAUACAGAUAUAAUUAGCUGAUGAAAAGUGAAUUUCUCUUGUUCGUAAAUCUGUACGCACCUUAAGCCAAACUCAAGCAAUCCAAUGCACUCGAGUGGUUGAUAAAUCAUCAUCAGUCUAACCAAAAAUACCACUGAUGAUGAAGUCUUGAGUGCAUUGAAACUAUAGUUUGGCUUGUGCGAUGAGCUAUGUGCGACUGAACAUCUCUUAAAUUUUACCUUAAUAUGGAAAAAUACCACAAUAUGUCUGUUCAUAGUGUACAGUCCGGGUCGUGUAGCUUUGCCUAUCGGCGGAUGGCCACUAGACUACAAUACUAUCCGUUCAAAAACAUCCAACAUUUUUGAAAAUAUCUUUCCAUAAGCAACAGAUGCUCUUUUGUAUCUUCUCAAAAGCAACGUGUUGCAUCCGAAAAGAUACACAAGGAGCUUUUUGAAGUUACGUCCCUUUAGCGCAACAGAGUAUAUCAGCUGACAAAAGCAACGUGUUGCAUCCGAAAAGAUACACAAGGAGCUUUUUGAAGUUACGUCCUUUUAGCGCAACAGAGUCUAUCAGCUGACAUUUUUGUUCAACAUGCUCUUUCCAUUGUUAGUGAUACGUUGCAAUUCUCUCAUCCAUGAAGAAUAUCUGUGUGUAUGGUGUAGGGAGCUUCCUCCAUCUAGGGAUCUAGGGUCUCUGAAGCCUGAUGUUUUUGCAAAGCCGUAAAUAUACCCCGCGAACCAUACCCUGCCUAAAUAUACCCCGCGAACCAUACCCUGCCUAUAUGCCGUUUCAAAGUCACGGAGACAAAGCUACGGAAAGUGUACUGUAAGUACAAGUUUGUUGCAUCAUCACUCCUAAACUACUGAAUUGAUCAACUUAGAAUUUUACAUAGAUAUUCUGAGUUUAUCAAGGAUGGUUAUAACCCUCUUUCUAUUCUUAUUAAUCAAUUUCAAUUCAAUGGAUUAUUUAUUCAAUUUGUGAUUUAAAGUUUACGUAACAACGAAAGCCCAAUCAAAUAGUUUCAUUACAGACUGGAUCUUUUGGUCUUGGGUUAGUGAGUGUGACUUGUGAAUGAAAAGUUUUAGGUUCCUUUUUUACUGAGAAAUUGCAACUUCAAAUAAAUGUAUCCACGUAAUUUUGAUAAAAUAAUGAAUCAACUCUGCAUCAUUUGCAACGCGUAUAUUUGAAAAGUCUCAACUUGUUUUAUUUAGAGUUUGAGUAAAGAUUGAAGACUACUAAUCGCAUUUCAUUAUAAUUAUGAUUAAAAACUAUCAAUAAUGAAGUUAACAUCUCAAAAGUCUAAUCUAGUUGAUAUGUUUCAAUACCAUGUCUAUUCAAUUAACUCGUUGAAAGUGAAAGUGAAGCUGUCGAUAUAAAAACUAGUUUGAUCGUAAAAUAUUAGUUUCGACAAAACUGAUUGCAUUCAAGAAAAAUGAAGAUUUUUGUUCUGUUUUCUCUCUCUCUCUCUCUCUCUCUCUCUCUCUCUCUCUAGUAACAAUUGAAAAAUAAAAUCUAUCUCUCUCUUUCUCUCCCUUAGUAGAAUAUUAAAUUUGAUGAAUAAAGUAAUGAAAAGUAGACUAGCCAUUGUCAAAACGAUCGUUUCAAAUUGAUUGGUAUUUUUUCAGAAUACUAAAAUCGUCCAAAUAAAUUCGAUCUUGAAGCUGAACCCAUAAUGAAUGAUUAAAUUAAGGUUCUUUUUUAUCUAAGAUUUUAAGAUGAGAUGACUAAAAUCGUCCAAAUAAAUUUGAUCUUGAAGCUGAACCCAUAAUGAAUGAUUAAAUUAAGGUCGGUUUUAUCUAAACUUUUUAAGAUGAGUUGGAACAUCAUAUCUAGUGAUAAUAUUGUGAUUUAUAAAAUAAAUUUACCUCAUAUCUUUUUUGAGUGAACAAUGAUGUCUUGUCUUAACCUCAAAACUUGGUGAUCAGUCAAUAAAGUUUCGAAACUACUUGAGACAGUUCAACAAAGUUUCUUCAUUUAUUUAGUCUGUAAAUGUAGAAAUAACUUGAGUCAGUUUCAACAAAGUUUCUUGAUUUAUUUAGCCUGUAAAUGU